UUUUUUUCGGGGCAAACUUUUCUUUUUUUCUAAAGGAGUAAAAUGGGUCUUUGAGACUGUUGGCAAUAUUCCCCGCUCCACAAUGGCCACCGAACCGUUUCUGGUGAACGAAGACCCUUCCAGAGGUCCUGGGAUACCAGAGUGCUUCGUCGUGUCUGAUUCCUACAGGGAUGAAUUUCAUCCCUUCAUCGAGGCUUUGCUGCCACAUGUCCGUGCGUUCUCCUACACCUGGUUCAACCUCCAGGCCCGUAAGCGCAAAUACUUCAAAAAGCACGAGAAGCGCAUGACGAAGGAUGAGGAGCGCGCCGUCAAAGACGAACUCCUGGGCGAGAAGCCCGAGAUCAAGCAGAAGUGGGCGUCCCGUCUGCUCGCCAAGCUCCGCAAAGACAUCCGCCCCGAGUUCCGCGAGGACUUUGUGCUCACCAUCACGGGGAAGAAGCCGCCGUGCUGCGUGCUCUCCAACCCCGACCAGAAGGGCAAGAUCCGCCGCAUCGACUGCCUGCGGCAAGCCGACAAGGUCUGGCGCCUGGACCUGGUGAUGGUUAUCCUGUUCAAGGGAAGCCCGCUGGAGAGCACGGAUGGAGAGAGGCUGGUCAAGUCCCCGCAGUGCUCCAACCACGGCCUCUGCGUGCAGCCGCACCACAUCGGAGUGUCCGUCAAGGAACUGGACCUGUAUCUGGCCUACUUCGUCCACACGCCAGAAUCUGGACAAUCGGAUAACUCCAACCAGCAAGGAGAAGCAGACAUCAAGCCUCCGCCCAAUGGGCACUUGAGUUUCCAGGACUGCUUCGUGACGUCAGGUGUGUGGAACGUGGCAGAGCUGGUCCGUGUGUCACAGACACCAGUUGCCACCGCAACCGGACCCAACUUCUCUCUGGCCGACCUUGACAGUCCAGGAUACUACAACAUUAACCUGGGUCGCCGCUCCAUUACGUCCACGCCAUCCACCAGGACUGAGAUGGAGUUGUAUGCCAGUCUCCCGCGGAGCUCCAACAAGCGUAAAUCCAUUGACGACAGUGAGAUGGAGAGCCCAGUGGACGAUGUCUUCUACUCGGGUCGUUCUCCUGCCCCGGGAGCAUCUCAGCCCAGCGGCUGGCCCAAUGAUGUCGAUGCAGUGCAACACCAUUUGGCCAGUAUGCAGGAGAGGAAGAUAAAACACGAAUCCGAUGGCGUGCAGUUUCCUUACCAUGGACUCUCGUCGCCUGGUUCUCUUAAGAAGUCGGGGAAAUUCGAUUUCAGCGCUCUGUCCGGCCAUACGAGGUCUGCACGCAUGCCGUUCACCCAUCACCCGCUGCCCAUGCUGGCAGGUGUAAGACCAGCAGGAAGCCCCCGCGCCUCUGCUUCCUCCCUGCACUUCCCCUCGCCCUCCCUCAUCCAGCAGUCCAGCCCGUACUUCACCCAUCCCACCAUCCGAUACCACCACCACCCGGGACAGGACCCGCUCAAGGAGUUUGUGCAGUUUGUGUGCGCCGACGGAUCUGGACAGGCUAGCGGUCAGCCGAACGGAAGCGGCCAGAGCAAAAUGCCGGGCUCCUUCUUACUGCCUCCACCCCCCCCUGUGGCGCGUCCAGUGCCCCUCCCAAUGCCAGACUCUAAACCCAGCAGCACACCCCCCGAUGGUGGACUCACCUCACCCACAUCUCCGUCAUACUCCACGCCAGGCUCCACAGCUCCCAACAGGUUUGUCAGCAUCGGAUCACGGGACAACAACUUUCUGAACAUCCCCCAGCAGACGCAGUCAUGGUUCCUUUGACGAGGUCCUGCCUGCAACCUGUCGACACAAUUUGAAAGUUUUCUUUUUUGACAAAAAAAAAAAAAAUCCUGUUUGAAAAUCCCCUCCAACCCGAAACGCACCCUACGAGACGUGAGCAGAAUAUGAUUGGGAAACGUUCGAGCAUGUAUUUGCCAACCGUCAGACGCCCUUCAAACCCACAUGAGCAUCUCCGCUAAAGACUGUCAGAUCACCGGCGGAGGAAACAGACGGACUGACACACACACACACCUACAGCACCUGAUCUACAGAGACACUAAAUCAUACUAGCAACAAGGAUGUAGUGUACAAUGGCUGGGAUUUUCAACAGUUUCAGUGGUGAGGAUUCAGACACAACAAACACGCAAGAUUUGUACACAAUUCUUUUUAUUUUGUUUGUAUUCAAAACACUUAAACAUGCUGACAUUCAGCAAACAGGCGACACUAAAAUUCACAAGACGUUUCACAUUUAUAGCAUUUGAAACGUCUCUUUAAUUUUCCCUUCUUCAGUCAAUUACUAAACUAACUAGGAAAAGCAGAAGUAUUGCACUACAGAUAUGAGAAGAACACUAGAUUGAUGUGCACUAUUGAUCGACGGCGGACAUUAUUUGCACAGUUUAUUGCGGAGAAAAAUGAACACAUUAAAAACUACCCAGAGAUGCUUCUGAAAGGACGUCCUCGGUUUUAGGCCUCGGACACAAAUGUUUUGUCAUUUCAGGCUCUUAGUGCCAACUAGAUUUUAUUUAGCACUACUGUAGGACAGACAUCGCACACAUUUAAGGCACAUUUGUGAGAUUUUGUGGCUGUUAAAGGGCCUUUGUUUGCUGGAAAUAGUGCAGUGAUACACUAAAACAACCAAAUUCAAUGAGAAACAGUCAGUUUGUGUUACUUUGAAUGGGGUAUAUGCACAGCUGGUGUUUUUCAGCCAAUGAUAAACUUCCGGUGAAAGCUUAAUGUGACUAUUUUCGAUUUCAUAAGGUUCAUUUUACAGCAUUGAUGUUGUAAUGUAAUUAUAAUAAAUUCAGUUAAAUAGACUUAAGCAAUUAAGUUAUUGAAGCAUAAAACAAGAUGAAAGGCCGUCAGGAUCAGCAAGCAAGUGGAGAGACUCCAUUGAAAACACAUUGUGUAAAAUAAACUGUCAUACUUUAAAGACAUGGCAGGGGGAAAUGGAAUUCAAUGCAGUGCUUCUUGACCGGUCUGAGAUCCACUUUAUAUCAUACAUCAAUCAGGCAGUGAAGAUCACCGAUUUUUAAAGAAAUCAGUCCUUAAACGGGGCGAUUUUAUAAUGGAAAGACAGUUCACCGAAAGCGCUGAGGCUGGCUGGCUGAAAUUGAAAGUCUGUGUGCAGAUACCCCAUUUGAUGCGAAAUCUACUGAAAUUUUUGCUCAUCGUAAAAUUGGAUUCUAUCAAAACUAAAAUGAUUUCACCCACUAAUUCUGUCAAUCAACUGUAAACAAUAUAUUAAAAGUAAAACUAGCACUUAUAACAAUGUUCUCACUGGGGAGGGAAAAAAAUGCAGGGUAGGGUUGCACCAGCUGUUCGUAAGUUCGUUCUUAAACUGGAACGUGAAGUCCACACUAGGAGCUUAGUAACUACUAGCAAGUUGAUAACUAAAUGUGUUCUUACUUCGGUUUCACCACAUGUUCUAAAGGAAAAGCAUAGUUAGUAGGUCGUAAGCUCUCCGUACAGUCAUGCAUAGUCGUAUUUAGACGUAAUUUGCAAUUAAAAAAAAGCAUUUAAAUCGUUAAACUGCUUCGAAAUUGUGAAAAUAACGCAUCUAUAUUUAACUGUCCUAUGAAAAUUAAAUCAGAAAUUACAUUUUUUCUUUCAUAUUUUCUUUUAUAUCCUACACAUGAAAAAGAACCAGUCAUGAAGAAAUUCUCGUUUUAAGUGAUGGAUGCAAUAAACAAAACACUCCUUGAAAGAAAAUAAAACUCCUCUUUCACAAACCGAAAAAAAAAAUGCAAGAUUUGGGAGGACAAUAAGGCUGUGAGUAUAGGGAGCUCCUAAAUAUGAACUAAUCUCGCCGUCAUACAUGAGGGGAGGCUGACGUAAAUAUUUAGUUGGAACGUAGUGCUCAGUUUAAAGUUCAGUGGUGCAACACAAAAAUAUUUUGUAGUAUGUAAGUUGUAACUUAGUGUCCCUUUAAGUCGCAACUAGGCUACAUUUUAACUUACGAACUGCUGGUGCAACCGGCCUGAUGAACGAUAAAAACAAUGACAGCCAAUCAGAAUCCUUGACUUCUUAAACUGGAAUUUCAGUGCGCAUUUACAGUGUAAUAGACAAAACAUUUUUACUUGUGAACACCUAAAGGCUGGUUUAUACUUCUGCGUCGAGUGAUUGGCGUGAUUUCAGUUCCCAUCCCAACAGUUUCCAUCUGGAGCUCCUUCACGGGACUCGACACUUGUAAACACUUGCUCCAUUGGGCUCGCAGCUCUCAGAACCGCCUACGCUUGUCACUAGUAGCAAGCUGACCAAUCACAGAGCUUACAUUUUUGGAGCGGUCAGUGUCGGCGUCAGCCACGGUGAGGGCUAUGCGACCCUGCAAAGUUUGUGCUGGGGCAUAUGCGUGUGCUUGAUGCAGAAGUAUAAAUUCGCCUUAAGCAAUUAUCAAUAUUAGUGUGAAUGGGCCUUAAAUGUGACGGCUACAAUUCUCUUAUUAUUAUUUAAUUAAAGUUUUUAAUUAAAGUAGAAAUGUUCUUAUGAGAACAUAUCAGAAGCUGAUUACUUAGACGCAACUAGUUAUUCCAUUAUUUACAGUUUCUUCAUUGUAUCGAGGCAAACUAAAAGUCCCCGGUUGGGUAGCUCUAAUAAAGUCGGCCAUAGACACGCCCACUUCUGUGUUUUGUUUACACUCCCAGAAGUCUGUGUUCCAAGAACGCGUGACACCACUGCGGAGCAAAAGAAUGCCUGACAUAUCAGAGGGAAGUGGGUCACUCGGAGUCGAGUUUACUAGGUUUUACUCCAUUUCAGAAUGAAUAUGUGCAAACACACACACACACACACACACUGUCCUCCGCAGAGAUUGAUUACAAAGGGAAGCCUCCAUUAAACAAACCUUUAGCUGUAAUCGAUAACCUCACAAAAUAACUGGACUGCCUGACCAUGAAUCUCACUGCAGGGAAGCAUUGUUGCUGGACGGCAGCCGUGUCAUCGCUUUUUGCUAGAAAACCCACCCGAGAAUCGUGAUGGCAAUGGUCUUUUCUUUUCUAAUCAAAGGAAGUGCCUCUGUAUUCCCAUUAUGCAAUUUGUUAAACAUGAAUUCAGGUUAUUUUCUUGCAUAUAAGCUAUAGAGGAGCGUGAAAUUUUUAUGAGAAGAAGAAAAAAAAAAACAAGCGUCAGCUCAUUAGUUACAAACAUCUUUAUAUAUACAGGAUAUAUCCAUAUAUAUAUUUAUAUAUACAUGUUUUUUUAUUUUAUUAUUUGCCUAAUAAGCUCAGUGGCAGUCUAGUUAUUUUUUGAAGUAUGGCGAGUUUCAUCAAUCCGUUCAGAAGUACCAGUCCCCGGUUCUGCACUUAAUAAUAAUAAUAAUUAGAGCGGAAAAAUAAACUGGCGGAAAUCAGAUUUCCGCUGAAAACGUACAGCAUAGCGUAGAGUAAAAAAAAAAAUAAUGCACGGCUUUUGAUUUUUCUAUUGUGUUUGGACAGGAAGUAUUUGUUAUUGCAAAAUAAAGUGUGUUGAUUGAGCCAUGUGCAAUGCCUUGGGUAGAAACUGUGUUUGUCUGAUUGUUAGGGUGUACAGGAAAGCGUAGAGGUGAAAAAUCCUUCUAUUAUAGUAAAGUCCACGCCGUCCGGGACUCUAAACUACAGGGCGGACAGAGCGAGUGAGAGACAGAGAGAGAAAACGCUCUUUGUAAGUUUUGGGAAUUUGUUUUUUGUAAUCUUUCCUUUUUUCUGCUUUUUUUAUCGUUUAUUUGUAAUGAUUUGUUCUCAAAACUUAGGAGGGCUGAUGUUUUUGUGACAUGUCAGAAUAUAUCACUAAAUGAAACAGGUGCUUUUUAUGGAUUAUUAUACAUAAGAUGACAAAAAAAAAAGUGUGUUAUCAAAUUUUAGGGGAAAAAAAGCGUUCUCUUUUCUUUUUGUAUUUGCUAAAGGGGGGGAGGGGGUUCAUUGUGGUCAAGGUUGUGACAAAAGGCAUUUUUCCUCCAACCUUUUCUCGAGGAAUGUUGACUGACAGCGAGGUUUUAACCGGAUUUUUUAUGCUAUGCAUUCCAGUUUUUAGGACUUACAUGCAUUGGAGCUGCUGUCGUAGUCCUUAAAGUUCUCAUCAAAAAAACUUUGUAGGCUUUUUUGUAUGUUCAAAAUGUUUCAUUGAUAUGACAAGAUCUUCCCUGUUCAUGGGAGAGGCUUUAACACAGCUCAUAUAAACUAAAAUGCCCUGUGUAAGCUACAAACCAAGUGGUGUCAAUUUAAUAUAUGAACGUUACAAUUUAUGCAGAGUUCAGGCUGCAUGAUUUUAGCCCCACCGACAAGUUUUGAAAAAUCGCAGAUACAAUAGCUAUGUUUCCAUCCAACUAUUUCUGUGUAUUUUGGAAAUGCGCAUAAAAAAUAUUGGUUGAUGAAAACGUCAAGAUGCGUUUAUUUAUUAAGUAAAAAAAAAAAAGAUUGACGCAGCAAAUUUCGUCUUUACUGUGGAUAUUUGGCGCCACUUAAUCAGAAGUGACGAUUUAGUUCUCUUAGACUCGUUGGAUAGAAACGCUGCUUUAUUCUCACGUCUUUUAUGCCAUAUUCCUGUUUUGCACAUAAAUUUAAUUUGCAUCUUUGGAUGGAAACAUAGCUAAUCACACAGUGUAAACUAUCGAAGAUGUGAUCUGAGAGAAUUGCCAAUCAGUCACCAACAUUUGGCAUGCUCAAUAUCUGGAGCUGUCGAUUUAAAAUUAUGCCAUGUGAAAUGUGUUAUGAUAGAAAAUAACAAUUACAGCGAUUACCUACAGCCAAUGAGAGAGCAGCAUCCACUACUAUGGGUAUCCGCAGGCCAGCGGGAGGUUGGGGUAGUAGUUAAAAGGGCUUCUUUUUGGUCUAUUUGGCCCAAGAAAUGAAGCAAGCACUAGUGUAAAUUUGGCAGGAGCACCCGUGUCUGUUUGACGUGUCGUAAAAGAAAAAGUUUGAGAGAAAUAGCUAAAUCCCUUCAAACUCAGAUGAGCAAAAUAAGUAAAUUUUCUACCCCACUAAAGGCUUCUUUCUCAUUAUGUAGGCUAGUUAAUAAAGGCUACUAAGUGACAUCACAUUGUUUCCAUGUCACCUGUUGUGAGACGUAGUUUGUGGACCAAAACAAAGCUGUCGGAGAUUCUUCCUUAAGUAAAGUUAUGCAGUUUGAAACCCCCUGCCGCUGAUCCAUCUUGUCGCGUAAACAGCAGCAACUGAAUAGUCAGUUGCUAGCUCAGAUAGUCAUGCAGUGUGAAAACAUCCGUGACGUGAAUACUUCGAAAAUCGUGCAGUCUGAACUCUGCAUUUGAAGGAUUCAUUUAAAAACAGCAUCCGUUUAUGCUUGAUCCAAAAUUACGUUUUUACAACACUCAAAGUGACCAAUCAGAGAGAGAGAAAGAAAGAGUUGAACCCCCUCCCCUCGGACCCUACAGCACCCCCUACCGGCCCUCCUUGUAAAUGACUCUAAAUAUUUGUUUUGUGAUCUAGUGUUAGACUCAGAGCAUCAUAAAGGUUGUCCCUAAAAAGUGCCUUUUGUUCACAGACACCAUCUUGUAAUCCUGAGUGCCCAUCUCAAAAAAAAAAAAAAACUACAAAAAAGAAAAAAAAAAGAAAAGAAAAAAAAAAAGUCCCUCCUUCAAACUUCUGUAUUUCUCCUUCCUUAUCAAAGCAGUAUAUAUAGUACUAAAGGAAAUCGGUGUGACUUAGUUUCUCUUUUUAUUGUUGGAUAAUUAAGAAAACUGUACAAAAAGAACAAAAAAAAUGAUGAUAAUAUCUGUCUUGCUUUUCCUUCCUCUGUAAUCUUGUCUUCUGCCUCUUUUGGACACUGGAGUAGUCUAUAGUUGCAUAACCAUCGCCUUUUCCCUGCGCCCCUUUUCUCUGAACGGAGGGGUUUUAAAAUAAAAAAAAAUGUUGUCUGAGCAGAAUGCAGUUAGCUCACAUGUUAUUCUUGUCUGUACGCUUCACGUUGUAUUCAUACCGAUCUCUUCAGCUUCUCCAUUGAACAGUUAAUGUACGUGAACAAGUUACGCCGGUGAGCUCUGGUGGGACGUCGGACCGACGGGCGCUUUUCUGUUUCUUUUUAAAAGAUGGACGAGGUUACGAAAACAAUAAGAGGCUGACUGCUGGGGUAGAAUAGGUUUUUUUAUCUAUUUAUUUCUUUUUUUUUUGUUACCAAAUCCAUUUGAUUUGCUAUGAUCUGUUUGUAUUGAGAAUCUGUAUUGAUGCACCUUUCGAAUGGUUGUACGUGACCAGAUAUUUAAUUUAAAGCGGAAAAAAAUACACAAAAAAGUAAACAAAGCACCUUAAAAACGGAGCGGUUUCAGCCCAGGGAACGCGACAGUUUCUAAAUGAUCUUUUUUUUUUCUUUUCAACCAAAGUGACACAAAUAAAAAGAGCGGGAAUUAAAUUAAACUUCUCACCAGCAAAAGCCAACUUGUGCUUAUCAGCAGCAACAACAACUCGCUUCCUCCCACAAACUAAUUAUGCAAUCGUUUCACUUUGUGAGUCAGCUGUGAUUUACUAAGUGAAAGCCAUAGUGAUGAACGUGUUUGGAGCUCUCGUUGUCCCUCCCUGGUACUGGCCGUCCAUUUUAUUUCUUUGCUAUUUAGUUUUGUACUGUUUUGAUUAAGCGGAUGCUUUAGCGCAGCGCGAGUCCUCGGUUUGAAGGCCUUGAGCGGCGCCCUUCGGUCCACACGACUUCCAGAGCUCAUGGUGAAAUGCAUGUGUUGAUUACGAUUUCUUUUCCAUAAUAAGAAAAACAAGAAAGAGCAGCACCUUUAACUGAUUGAAUAAAAGGAUGUUCUUGACUGUAA